AUGCCGGUUCUGGGGGUCUCCUCUAAACUCCGACAGCCAGGCGCGGGCUCCAGACCGGUCCACCCGGCCACCCCCAUCCCUAACCCGCGGGGGCGCCUUCCCGGGACGGCCGCCUCCAGGGGGCCCGGCCUCCCUCCUGAGAGGACCUGUCAGCUGUCACUCAAACCGCCCUCUGGGUACCGGGAGCAGGCCACGCCCCCCGCGCGGCGCGCAGAGCUGGAAGAUAGCGAGGUCAGCAAGAUCUACACUGAUUGGGCCAAUCACUAUUUGGCCAAGUCGGGCUGCCCGCGGCUCAUUAAGGACCUGACGCAGGACAUCGCUGAUGGAGUGCUGCUGGCAGAGAUUAUUCAGAUCAUCGCGGAUGAGAAGGUUGAGGACAUUAAUGGCUGCCCCAGAAGCCAGUCUCAAAUGAUUGAGAAUGUGGACGUCUGCCUCAGUUUCCUGGAAGCCAGAGGAGUGAACGUGCAAGGCCUGUCCUCAGAAGAAAUCUGGAGUGGGAAUCUGAAGACGAUCCUGGGGCUGUUCUUCAUCCUGUCCCGGUAUAAGCAGCAGCAGCAGCAGCAGCAGCAGUACUACCAGUCCCUCCUGGAGCUCCAGCAGCAGGUCACGCACCAGGCCACCGGGGCGGCGCCAGCGAGCCACCACAAAACACAAGAUAUGCAGUCCAGUCUCACCGCACGGUACGCUACGACCACAACUGCCACUGCCACGGGCCACAGCUCAGUGGGACUAGCGCAGAAGAAAAACACAAGGUUACCAGGGCCCUCCAGAGUAUCUGCUGCAGGCAGCGGGUCCUCCAAGCCACAGGGGGGCGCCAGCCUGAACCGGCGGAGCCAGAGCUUCACCAGCACGGAUAAGAGCCGGCCCCUGCAGUACACCGGCGCCAACGAGCGAGAAAUGGUGAAGGGGGUCUCGCAGCCCGGGGGCAUUAACGGCAGCGUGCCCCCUCCUGGCAGCGCCCUGGGGCAGACCCCCCCCUCCUCCAUCCCCUCCCCCAGCGGGGGCAAGUCUCUGCGGGGCAAACCCGUGAGCAUGAAGCACAGCGCCACCUCCUCCGCCCUGUCCGCCAAGUCCUCCAGCCCCGCCACCUCCCCCACGCCCCCGCCGGCCCCCUGCCCCUCGGACCGCCUCAAGCCCCCGCAGGCCGACCCCCCCAAGGCCCAGGGCCAGCGCUCCAUGCUGGAGAAGUUCCGCUUCAUCAACACGCGCGGGAACGCCAGGCCUCAGCCCUCAAGCUCCGGGGCCGAGCUGAGGGAGGAGGAGGAGGACGAGGUCGACGAGGAAGAGUACGGCUCGGAGUACGGGGAGGAGGGGCCGCUGACGGGCCAGAGGCAAACCGCCAAGGGCGCCGCCAAGUGUGUGGCCAGCAAGGCCCUGCCCCAGGGCAAGGACAAAGAGGACCGGGGUAAGGGCAAGGGUAAAGACGGGGUGUCGGCGAGAGAGGACCGGGACCCGGCCUCCGAGGCCUCCAAAAAGGGCUCCCGAAUCGCCAGCCUCAUCCCCAAAGGGGGCAAGCCCCCCGGAACCAAGAAGGAGGGGUCCAGCGGGAUCCCCAAACCCGGCGGGAAGGGGUCCGUCUCCUCCUCCACAUCCACCGGGAAGCUGGCGGGAUCGGGGCCCCCGGCCGGGGACCACAAGGCCAAGACGGGGAAGGGGGGCCCGGCGUUCUGCUCCCAGCGCUCCCAGGGGCCCCCCGAGGGCCGACGGACCAGCAUGGUGUCCUCCACCAGCGCCUCGGCCAUCUCGGGGUCCUCCGUGAUGUCAGGAGGGGUGCUGGGUCCCAACGGGGUGGUGCUGCUCCCUCAGCAACAGCACAGCCACCCCAACACUGCCACCGUCGCACCCUACAUGUACCGGACCUGCUCGGAGAACGAUUGCACCACGGUCGCCCCCGGCAACGCCUGCCUCAGCCCCACCAAAGCCGACCUGGUCUACAGCAAGACCGCCAAACAGUGCCUGGAGGAGAUCUCAGGAGAGGAUCCGGAGGCGAGGCGGAUGAGGACGGUGAGGAACAUCGCCGACCUGCGGCAGAACCUGGAGGAGACCAUGUCCAGCCUGCGGGGUACGCAGGUCAGCCACAGCACCUUGGAGACGACCUUCGACACCACGGUAACCACGGAGGUGAACGGUCGCGCCCUCUCGGGAUUGGCCAGCCGGUCGUCCCCCAUGUCCUGGCGCCUGGGUCAGUCCCCCAGCCCCCGCCUGCAGGCCGGAGACGCCCCCUCCCUGCCCGGCGGGUUCCCCCAGCCCCGGGGGGGCAGCGGCGGGGCAGGGGGGGCCAGCGGAGGUGGGCCCCCCGGUCGAUACGCGCACCCGGACCCCUCCCGCCUGGUCUACAACGCUCCCCUGCGACGGGGCGCGGCCGGGACGGGGCAGCGAGGGGCGGAGCUCGGUGAGAAGGGCGGGGCUGAGGGCGGCCCCGAGGUGGAGGCGGGCGGGUACAUGAGCGAAGGGGACAUCCUGGGGAAGAACGCGCGCCCGGACGACGUCGGCAGCGGGUACCUAACGGAUGGAGGGCUCAACCUGUACUCCCGAAACGUGGGUCGCGUCCCCGAAAUGGCGGCCUCUCGAGACGUCAUCCAGAGAGGGGUCAACGAGAUGCAAGGGGGCGCAGACAGCUGGGAUGACAGCAGUUCUGUCAGCAGUGGACUCAGUGACACCCUGGACAACAUCAGCACCGACGACCUCAACACACCCUACUACAGCGGAGUGUCUGCACCGCCCCGCAAGAGCAAGCACUCACAGCCCAAAUCAGACGUCCCGGAGCGCCACUCCCCCGACCAUGACAUCAGCAGCUGGGACGGAGCUGAGGAUCUGAAGAAGCUGGACGACGGUUCGGACGGCGUCAUGGACCCCGGCGCCAAGUGGAGACCCUCCUCUUCCUCCUCCCCCUCGUCCUCCUCGGCGGGGCAGUACGAGGACCCUGACAGGACCGGCCAGAGGGGGGGCCUGCCCCUGUCCCACACUGGCUCCUGGAGGAGGGGCAUGACCGCACAAGUGGGCAUCUCGCCCCCCAGGACCAAGGGCGCCGUCGGGACCCUCAAAAACCCUGGCAAACCGGAGGACCCGAAGGUCCAGGAGAAAGAGCGGGCCUCGGCCAAGAGCAGCGGGAUCCAGCGCUCGCCAUCGGACGCGGGGAAGAGCAGCGGCGACGAGGGGAAGAAGCCUCCCUCAGGCAUCGGCCGGCCCACCGCCACCAUCGCCUCCUUCGGGUUUAAGAAGGCCCCGGGGCCCGUGGGGGCCCUCAUCCCCGGCCCCAAGGCCCCCGCGGUGGGGGGGAAGGGCGGGGCCGGAGGGGGAGGCGGCCGGAAGACCAGCCUGGACCUGGACAGCUCGCAGCCGCAGGACGACGCGGCGUUGCUAGGCGGCGGGGCCUCCAGGGCUCCUCCCCCGCAGUACCGUUCCCUCCCCCGGCCCGCAAAGUCUUCCCCUGGGGGGGCCAUGGGCCGAGGGGGGGGGCAUCGCUCCAGCUCCAGCAGCGUGGACUCCAACGUCAGCGUCAAGUCUGCCGGCAGCGGGGGGGGAGGGGCCAGCUCCAAGCGCAGAGGGGAUUCUGGGAAGGUGGGCUCCGGGCGCUCCAGCCCCGUCGGCAUCGGCCAAUCGGACAAGGAGAAGGUGGGCGUGUCCGACCCGGAGGGGGCGUGUCUCUCCAGCUCGCCCAAAGCCAGCCCCACUUCGUCCGGCCAAUCGGGGCUCAGGCAGCCUGGGUCGAAGUACCCCGACAUCGCCUCGCCCACCUUCCGCAGGUUGUUUGGCACCAAGGCCAGCAGUAAAGCCAGCUCUCCUGGCACCCCUGACUCGGGGAAGUGCCCGUCCGCACUGGGCAGCCCCCACGGCACCCUGGGACGGCAGGCCAGCCUGGACUCGCCCUCCUCCGGCACAGGCAGCCUGGGCAGCGGGCAGGGGGGCGGCACCAGCCCUCUCUACAGCCGGACCCCCGAGCUGGGGGGCGGCGACAUCCCCCCGGGGUUCGGCCAAUCGCCGGGCUCCAGCUCGGCCUCGGGCCUAUCGCACGCCUCCGGGGGCCGGCCCUGGGCCGUCAGCAUGAGCGUGUCGUCGGCCGGCAGCAAGGACACGCUGAGCUGUCAGAGCAUGACCAGCCUGCACACCAGCUCCGAGUCCAUUGACCUGGGCCUCGGUUACCAUGGCUCCCUCACCGGCCUGGCCUCGGGGUCAAAGGUCACACGGACCGGCAGUGUCAAGUCUGAGGGAAUGCCUCUGGACAGGAACACACUCCCAAAGAAGGGACUGAGGUACCCCCCCUCGUCCCGACAGACGUCCGACGAGGAGGGCAAAGAGUGGAUGAGAUCUCACUCCACUGGAGGCUUACAGGACACAGGGAGCCAGUCCCCCCUAUCUCCACCUGGGACAUCCUGCCCCGGAGUGGGCAAAUACCACUACUCCAACCUGGUGAGCCCCACCAGCAUGCCCCAGUACGGCCGGGCGGGGCCCAGUAUGAGUCGCUCUAACAGCAUCCCGGCCCACGACUCGUCCCUGGACCUAUACGGCCUGGGGGGCAGCGCCACCUCUCUGGAGGACCGGCCCCGGGGCAUGAGCCGCUCGGGGUCCCUGAGGGACAGCAUGGAGGAAGUUCAUGGGUCAUCGCUGUCAUUGGUCUCCAGUACUUCAUCUCUCUACUCGGCGGCAGAAGAGAAGGCUCAUUCAGAGCAAAUCCGAAAACUGCGCCGGGAGCUGGACGCCUCCCAGGAAAAGGUCGCAACGUUGACGUCUCAGCUGUCAGCCAACGCCCACCUGGUGGCUGCUUUUGAGAAAAGUCUGGGGAACAUGACCUCUCGCCUGCAGAGCCUGACCAUGACUGCCGAGCAAAAGGAGUCUGAGCUGGCCGAGUUGAGGGAGACCAUCGAGGCUCUGAAGACCCAGAACACCGACGCUCAAACCGCCAUCCAGGUGGCCCUGAACGGCCCAGACCACGUCCACAGAGACCUGCGGAUCCGACGCCAGCACUCCUCCGACAGCAUGUCCAGCCUCACCAGCGCCUCCAGCCACUCGGCCGUGUGCGGCAGCCCCGAGUCCGAGGCCAAGAAGAAGAAGAAGAAGAGCUGGCUGCGGAGCUCCUUCAAGCAGGCGUUCAGUAAGAAGAAACCCAACAAGCUGACAUCAUCGCACUCCGACAUCGAGGAGCAGACUGACUCCUCCCAACCAUCCUCUCCCAAACUGCCCCACAGCACCAGAGAGGACCGCCCACUCAGACCCUCUCCCUCUACGACAGAUCUGUGUGAGUGCACGGAGGCGGAGGCUGAGACCAUCCUGCAGCUGAAGAACGAGCUGAGGGAGAAGGAGCUGAAGCUGACAGACAUCCGCCUGGAGGCGCUAAGCUCCGCCCACCACCUGGACCAGAUCCGCGAGGCCAUGAACCGCAUGCAGAAUGAGAUCGAGCUCCUGAAGGCAGAGAACGACCAGCUGAAGUCCACAGGGAGCCCCGCCCCCAGCGCCAGCUCCACCAAAACGCCCCGCCCCCCCUCCGAGACCUCCAGCACCUCCUCCUCCUCCUCCCGCCAAUCCCUGGGCCUGUCACUCAACAACCUCAACAUCACCGACACCAUCAUGUCCGACAUUCUCCUGGAUGACGGAAGCGAAGGUAACCUCCGGAAAGAAGGUCGGAGUGUCCGAAUUGUGGUCGCCAUAAAUGACGGCUCAAACGUAACCAAGGGUAGGAGAUGUCAGGAGUAUCUCAUCGGAUCCAUUGGCGUCAGCGGGAAGACAAAGUGGGAUGUGCUAGAUGGUGUCAUACGCAGAUUGUUCAAGGAGUACGUGUUCCGUGUGGAUCCCCUCACCAGCCUGGGGCUGACCUCCGACAGCAUCGCCAGCUACAGGAUAGGAGAGGUACUGCGGGCACACGGUUCUGAGACCCCCCAACUGCUGCCCUGUGGGUAUCUGGUGGGAGAGAACAACGUUAUCACCGUCAACAUCAAAGGCGCGACGGAGAACAGCAUCGACUCGCUGGCGUUCGACACGCUCAUCCCCAAGCCCAUCGUGCAGCGGUUCCUGAACCUCCUGACGGAACACCGGCGGAUCAUCCUCUCCGGGCCCAGCGGGACCGGGAAGUCUUUCCUGGCCGGAAAACUUGCAGAGUACAUCGCCGCCAAGUCCGGCCGGGAGGUCACCGAGGGAACCGUCGCCAGCUUCAGCGUGGACCACGAGUCCAGCAAGGACCUGCAGCACUACCUGUCCGCCCUGGUGGAGCAGUGCAGCUCAGAAGAGAGUGAGCUGAAGCUCCCCCUGGUGGUGGUUCUGGAUAACCUGCACCACAUCGGCUCCCUGAGCGACGUCUUCAACGGCUUCCUCAACUGCAAGUACAACAAGUGCCCGUACAUCAUCGGAACCAUGAACCAGGCAGCCUCGUCCUCUGCCAACCUGGAGCUGCACCACAACUUCAGGUGGGUGCUGUGUGCCAAUCACACGGAGCCGGUGAAGGGCUUUCUGGGACGCUUCCUGCGGAGGAAGCUGGUGGAGACGGAGAUGGUGAGGAGCACGCGCAGCAACGAGCUGGUGAAGGUGGUGGACUGGAUCCCCAAGACCUGGCAGCACAUCAACGGCUUCCUGGAAGCACACAGCUCCUCCGACGUCACCAUCGGCCCCAGGCUCUUCCUGUCCUGCCCCCUGGAUGCAGAGCGGUCCCGUGUGUGGUUCACCGACCUGUGGAACUACUCCCUGGUCCCGUACCUACUGGAGGCCGUGAGGGAGGGGCUGCAGCUGUACGGGAAGCGGACGGUGUGGGAGGACCCCACUAAGUGGGUGAUUGACACCUACCCCUGGAGCUCGGCCCCCUCGCAGCCGGAUGCGCAGCCCCUGCUGCAGCUGCGGCCCGAGGACGUGGGGUACGAGGGGUGCAGCGCCGCCAAAGAGGAGACCCCCCCCAAAGCCCUGUCCCAGAGCGACACUGAGGGGGACCCUCUGAUGAACAUGCUGAUGAGGCUCCAGGAGGCCGCCAACUACUCCAGCGCGCAGAGCUGCGACAGCGACAGCGCCAGUCACCAUGACGACCCACUGGACUCGUCGCUGGAGUCCACCCUGUAGAGGAGCCAACUCCUUCCUGCGCUUUCUAACGAGCAACACGCUGGGGGCGAUUCGCCAGCCUCGAGGACAAAACGGGCGAAACAACGGUGCGGGGAGGCGAGGGCUUCCUGUCAGGCGCGGGAAAUGGUGCGGGCAGCUGAAUUUUGCUGCGCUUUGGAGUCAAAAGUCUGCACUCCAGUUCCCCGGCAGGAAGUGGUGUUCCCUCACCCGACCCCGGAACAACAGCUAUGUCACAGUGGAGCCAAACUGGAAUUAGCCACCAUUUUGUUUCCUUUUGUAUUAGGUUUGUAUUGACCACACAGGUUUACAGGGCAAACUACUUUUUUGGUUUUCUGAGGUGCUACGGAGACGACAAAGUCCUGCUCCCCUAGGUUGCCUGGCGCUACUGGUCAUAUGACUUAGCCAGCCUUUGGAUAUCAAAAUGGUGCCCGCUCCAUGGCCCAUACAAUACAGUACGUCCAGAAAACGAGCACAAAGAGCUUUGUGCUACACGUCAGGCUACUGCUACUGUGAAACACUGGACAAGUGCCAAAUUGAACUUGUGAUGACUGCCAAGUGCACAGUGAUGGAGGCAUCCAUUUUGAGAUUGUAGUCUGUUAAAAUUAUGUUUAAUUUCUUCCUUUUUUUUCUUUUUUCGACUCAAGCCUGUUGUUCACCCUACUCUUAACAGAUAAUAUAUUAACAGAAAUCAGAGUGAAGGGCCAGAGAGUGAAAAUUUGACAAUGGUGCUUUCUUACUGCCUUAAAUUUGCAAACAUAAUUCACAAGCAACCGUGAACUAUGUAUGGAUUUGUGAAGCUGUUUCUUUGGGGGAUGAAAAAAAUCGGCAAGAUUGGAGAGCACAGCACAUUUAGAAAUUUUCUGUCUUUAAAAUUAGUGAACCCUUCCACCCGCAUUCUCUCAACAGACAUUUUAUUUGGAGGAGUUAGAGACAACGAGGAGGACUUUACUCCCUAUGGACUACCUAUAGCCUGAAGCAGACCCUUCCCUUUCAGCUGCCUCAAUAACUAUCCAGUUCUAUUCUAUGGUCUUGUAUUAAGAGCGAGGAUAUGGCCAUAGGCAACAGGACAGCUCACGUAUCUGAUGGGUUCGGAAGGAAUGUUUUUGCUUUCCUUUUUUAUUUUUUUUAGUUUCUCAGUCGAGUCGGAAACACUUGAACUGGCAUGAGCACAAAACUGAUUUUAUAUCCAGAGGGGGUGUUUGCUUCAACUAUACUAUGUGUACAUGGAAGAAAAAAAAGUUUACUUUUACAAAUAAUUCGAGGUCACCGUGGAAGUGGCUGUGGGUGGAGACCGUUAUGGUAUUUUAUUUCUGUUUUUACGGGGUAGGAAAAGGGUUGGUUUUGCACAAUUUAUCAGGGUGGGGAAUGUAAAUAUGAGUCUUGCACAGUGACUGACGAUGCGUCCUGCCCUGUUGAUGUUAACAUUAUGCUUAACUUUGCUGAGAAGUCUUGUAUGUUGCAAACAGACAAAAAAACUAACGAAAAAAGAGAAAACAAAAAGAGAUACAUGCCAAGCAGCCACUAGAGGCCAGUGUGCACUGUCUUGUAAUGAUUGGUUGUCUUGCCAACGCAGGAGCUACACAAUAUAUAGACGCAUGCACCGAAAUCGUUAAAAAAAUCAAUGCAAAAAGUCACCUUAACCACUUCAGGGGAGCCAAGCAGGUUUUCAUUAAAUCUGAGAGACACGAUAGCCCGCAGACUAAAACAAAAAACAACCAGAAAACGUCCAUAUUCGUGAGCCAGAACACAGAACUGUCACCAUCUCUCUCCAAAGAAUUACAUUGCAUUACAGUUAUUUAGCUGAUGUUUUUAUCAAAGCGACUUACAGUUGACUAGACUAAGCAGAGGCAAAUCCCCCCUGGAGCCAUGUGAGGUUAAGGGCCUUGCUCAAGGGCCCAACAGCUGCACUGAUCUUGAUACUACACUGGGGCUUGACCCACCAACCUUCCACGUCCCAGUCAAGCACCUUAGCCACUGAGCUAUAGGCUGCCCCAUUUAUUGUUUUAUGUUUAUUAAAUGUCGUCGUAAAUCAAUUUACGAUGCCAUUUUGUAUCCCCCGUUUUUGACUGUUGUUUGGAUUUUUAUUUUGAAAUGCCAAAUCAUAUUCAUAGGGCCGCCUCAUUGGUUCGCCACUGAUUCAGACGAGUGUGGGCCAGCGCUAGCCAGCUAGCCACUGCUAAUUUCCACACUGCAGUGUGCCAGAACUGCGAAUCACGACCGGUGCUUUAGCUGGAUACGCCACCCAGCACACCACAUUCAUAUUCACCUACAGAGCUGCAGAUUUCACAGAAGGGUUUCUGAAUCGACUACCUCUUAUUUAUGUAUGGUUUCACAGGUUCCUUGGAUUUAGUUUCAGCUUCUGGCCUGCAGAUUAGAGAAAGUAGGACAAUUACCCACAAUACAACGGGUGCUAUCAUCAGCCAUCGCAGUCAAACACGGAACACUUCAGCAGUCUACAGCAAAAAAUGUACUCUUAUCAGUGUCAAAAACCUACAGAUUAGUAAUCCUACUUUCAAGUCAUUGGCCAUUGUGUCUUUUCCAUGACAUGGCUGGACCCCCAAGCACUGAUUUACUGAUCCAUUUAUUUCUAUUUUAUUUUUAUUUGUUAGAAGAUCAGGGUUUGGAGUUGCUGAUUCUGGAUCAGUGUUUUGGAGACAUUUUCAGUUGGGAGACACACUCUCCCUCACACAGAUGACUAACACAAACACACACACACAUACACACACAUACACACACACACACACACACACAGGCACAGUAGGCCUGCUCAUCGCCCCAGCAAAGAGACGCACUUUUAAACAGAUGUACUGCAAACCCUGCUGCUUUCCCUGAACCCACAUCUCACAGUUAUUUAAGACCAUUCCAGGCCAAUCCUGCAUCGGUCACCACGGUUACAUCGACCACGUGACCACGGUUACAUCGACCACGUGACGUAUUCCAACUGUUUCGCAAUUACAUCUCAGUGAGAGCAUAGAGUUUACUACUUUUGAAAACUUUUUUUGGUGAAACAUUUGUCUUUGAAUGUUUUAUAUUUUGUACAUUUUUAUGUAACAUAUCAUGUACAUAGAAAAACAGACGGCAAUUUAAAUCAUCCGAAGGAUUUUUUUGUAGUCUUUGCAAAGCCCUAAUAAAUAGUACUUGGUGUCACCAGAGAACUGGACAA